CAACGACAAGGCGCGGUGUUCGGUUUCUCGUGAAGAGCGAGACCUCCUCUCCGACUCGCUCGAUCUCAGGUGAGCUGGUGGUGACGUCAUCCGGCCGGUCAGUAAAAUAGAGCAUCGGCGUCAUGGAUAAACUCAAGUCGGUUUUAAGCGGCGAGGAGACGCGCAGAGAUGACAGAACGGUUUUAGAGACCGUGAACGAGGCGUCCACGCUGGGCUGGGGGACACGCGUGAAAGGAUUCAUCGCCUGUUUCGUGGUCGGCGGAGCUUGCGCCAUUCUCGGUGUUUGUUUACUUUUCCUCCCCAGGAUCGGCCUCACCCUCUUCAUCGUCUUUUACACUUUUGGCAACAUUUGUGCUUUGUGCAGCACCAUGUUCCUGAUGGGCCCCGUGAAGCAACUGAAGAGGAUGUGCGACAAGACCAGAGCGCUGGCCACCACCAUCAUGAUCACUUGUCUCGUGUUGACGCUGUGCGCCGCAUUCUGGUGGAAAAACUUUGGCCUGGCGCUGUUGUUUGUCAUCCUGCAAGUGUUGUCGUUUACCUGGUACAGCCUUUCGUACAUCCCGUUUGUCAGGGACGCCAUCUUGAGAUUGGUCGCCAUGUGCAUGAGAUGAAGCUUUUUCUCCACUGUGUCAAUAUUGUUCGUUUUUUUUCAAGCAGGGGCAGAUCUUUAUUUUUCUCUUCCUCCCGUUUUCAACAAACGAGAGUGGGGUGCAUGUAUGUCCAUUGUGUAUAAUAUUUCAUUAUUGUUGAUCUUGUUAAAUGUUCACACACAUGCUUUAAUGAUACUCAGGCUGCUGGAUUUUGAUGUAUGGUCAAUUUUUAAGGAUCGUUAAUUUAAGUGUUUUUGUUACAAGUGACUGCUACAGUAAAAUGUCAACACAAAUAAAAAAUAAAAA